CCCUGUGGUCCUUAGGAAGUCAGUUAGUGGGUAGUGUCCGGGUAGGUCUAAGUGGUGAGGAAGGGGACUUCGGUCGUGCACCUGACGCCACGAUGGACGACUAUCCGAUGUAUGGGCUGCUUGUUGGGUUCUCCCUCUGGGGGACCCUCUGGCGUCUCCUCUUCCUCUGGGGUUCUGGCACACGAUGACGUGUAGAGUAGAUACCCGGGGUGGUACUUCCACCAAGCCAUAUUCGAAGGAGGAGGAGGAGAAGAUGGCCGCCAUUGUGAGGGAAAGACGGGAGAAGAAAGAGGCCAAGAAGAAAGCCUUGAAGGAGCAGGCGGCCAAAUUAAAGAAGAUAGAAGAAGAGAUGGCUAGGGAGAAGGAGAGGAUACAGAAAGAGGAGGAAGCAAAGUUGAAGGAGGUGGAAGAAGAAGAGGAGGAAGAUGAUCAGCCACUGGAGAGGAGAAGAGAACAGCGAGGGCAGUACAGUGGCAGCAAAGAUGAUGAAAUGGAGAAGCGGAUCUCAGAGUGGGUCGCCAACUUGUCCCUGGGAGAAGAAGAAGAGGUAGCCAUGUAUAUCCCCAAGGACGAGCAGGAAGCCGCUAUGAAGGAGUGGGAAGCCGGAAGGGAUGUUGUGAGGCGGCAUGCAAUGGAGGUUGAAAAAAGGAUGGAGUGGAAGUUGAGAGUGAUGAGGGAAAAGAAGAGGAAAGUGGAUGCGGCGAUUGACGCGGUCAAGGACCUAGGGGAGAUGCAGCAACUAACCCUGAAGUUGACACCGCAGGUAGACCUUGAGAAAAACGUAGAAUUCAUUGCCCAGACUGUCGAGCGCUUAGCCCGGAUACAAGAACAACAGUACGAUUUUAGUCGAAGUCAGGACAUGGCUGUGCGCUCCAUACGAAUGGGGUUUCGGGACUUUGCUCGCGAAUUGGUAGGCGCAAUAGGAUCCGAGGUGAAUCAUUGCCUUGAGAAGACUGAACGAUUUUGCGUUGGCGCCAUUGAGGGGGUCAAGGCGGCAGCUCCCAAGGAAGAGGAACCACGCCCGCCGCGUAGAGAGCCAGUCAAGGUCAAAUUCCUUGAUUCCUACAGUGGGAAGAGGGAAGAGAACUUUGAUAACUGGGAGGCCAAYGUUAAGACCUACGUGCAUSUGCAAYAGGUCUCCCCGRAUCAGCAAGUCCUAAUUGCGAWCCACGCACUUAGAGAUGAGGCCGCCAGCUUCGCAAGAUCCCUUGUUCGCGCUGCCAACUGCAGUGACGAUCCAGUUGCCUAUUCGGCAUUCACUUCCCUCACUGAGUUCAUGAGAUUGCUGCGCGAGCGAUUUGCAGAUGUCGCUCGAGGUGUCAAGGCCUUAGAUAGGCUCCAGACAAUCCACGCUCGUAAGUGGGAGAGUGCCAGGGCACUCAAGAGCACGAUGGAUGAAUUAAUCGCUGUUCCUGACCAUGGGGUCACAGACACCCAAUUGGUCGGCCUCUUCUACCGGGCUAUCCCCGAAGCCUUGCGAGGGCACUUGUUCUCGAAGAGCGAAGAUCCGGCCACUACGUAUGAUUCUCUUACUCGUGAAGUGGUGGCCUUUGAAGCCAAGUCAGCAUCUGUGUCUACCUUCUGGCACAAAGAUUUGGACAAGGGGAAGCAAUGGAAGGGCCGCACUAUCUCUGGGCAAGUGAAGACUAAGGAUAGCCUUGUCCUAACUCUAGACGAGGGUAGUGUGGACGAGAUCCCUUACGACCAGAUUGAGUGGGGGUUAGAGGAGGAUGACAGCGGUGUGGGCCAGGGGAGAACUUACGCUGCUGUCGCGGCUGGAGGGAGGCCGCAAGGAGGACGAGGCCAGGGCCAAGGGGGCCGGGCCUCAGCAGGGGGUUGGCGGCCAGUCACUAAGCCUAAGGAAGAGAAGCCCGUAGACCUUGCUAUUGCCAAAUUGCUGGAAGAGUUUAAGGAUUUGACUGAGCCGCCGACAGGCACGGUGCCGCGGCCCAUCCAGCACCGUAUUGAGAUAGAGCCUGGCAGUAGAACUCCUAAGGGUGAUGUGUAUAGGAUGUCCCCGCGGGAGUUAGAGGAGUUGCGGAAGCAGUUGGACGAGCUCCUUGAAAAGGGUUGGAUUAGGCCCAGUUUGUCUCCUUUUGGAGCCCCUGUUCUCUUUGUCCCUAAGAAAGAGGGAGAGUUGAGGAUGUGUAUAGACUAUAGGGGUCUGAAUGCCAUUAAAGUGAAGAAUGCUGAGCCACUACCUAGGAUAGACGAUCUCUUAGAUCGAGUGCAGGGGGCGAAGUAUUUCUCCACGAUAGAUUUGAAGUCCGGAUAUCAUCAGAUAGAGGUGCAUCUUGAUGAUCAGUACAAGACAGCCUUCUGGACUAGAUAUGGGCACUACGAGUUCAUAGUGAUGCCCUUUGGACUAACCAAUGCGCCAGCUACGUUCCAGCGCUGUAUGAACGAUUUGUUUAGGCCGUGGUUAGACAGAUUUGUUGUAGUUUACUUAGAUGACAUGUUAGUGUUUAGCCGGACCCUCGAAGAGCAUCAGGGUCAUCUCAGGCAGGUCUUGGAGAAGCUGAGGGAAACUAACUUCAAGAUCAAUGCAAAGAAGUGCGAUUGGGCGAAAACCCGAGUUUUGUACUUAGGCCACGUCUUAGACGGAGACGGCGUUAAGCCAGAGGAUAGCAAGAUCGCAGCAAUUAGAGAUUGGCCCACGCCACGUACGCUGACAGAGUUGCGCUCGUUCCUGGGCUUAGCUAAUUACUACCGGAAGUUCGUAAGGAACUUCUCCACCAUCGCUACGCCCCUUCGCAGAUUGUUGAGGAAGGAAACUAUCUGGAAGGGGGAUAAGGACUGCACGUCUGCCAUGAAAAAGUUAAAGCAGGGAUUGAUAGAGUAUCCAGUCCUUAAAGUCGCCGACCCGUCCUUGCCCUUUGUUGUCACGACCGAUGCGAGUCAAUACGGCAUAGGCGCAGUGUUACAGCAAGACGAUGGCAAUGGGUAUAGGCCCGUAGAGUUCAUGUCCGCCAGAAUGCCUUCAGAGAAGGUCGCGACAUCUACCUAUGAGAGGGAACUCUACGCUCUCAGGCAAGCCUUAGACCACUGGAAGCACUACUUGCUUGGGAGGCACUUCAAAGUCUAUUCAGAUCAUGAAACGUUACGAUGGUUAAAAACGCAGGCCAAGAUGACACCUAAGCUUACCAGGUGGGCCGCAGAAAUAGAUCAGUACGACUUCGAGCUCAAGCCUGUUAAAGGGAAGUACAACGUAGUCGCGGAUGCUCUGAGUAGGAGGGCAGAUUACUUUGGGGCAAUAGUGCACUACCUCGAUAUAGGGAAGGACCUGCAACAGAAGGUUAGAGAGGCCUAUGUGCAGGACCCUAUCUAUAGUGAGCUCCUUAAGAAGGUCAAGGAGGCCCCAGAGACUGAGCCGAACUACCGCACUACUGAAGGGCUGCUCUUUGAGAAGACUAAUGUAUUUGACCGCCUGUGCAUUCCCAAUAGCGAAGAGAUUCGUAGUCUGAUUUUGGGCGAAUGCCAUGACACAGAGGGUCAUUUUGGUUGGCAAAAGACCUUAGCCAAUCUGAUGCGCGCGUAUACCUGGCCAGGGAUGAAGAAUGACUGCGUAGAGUAUGUUCGCAGUUGUAAGGCUAUUAUGGGGACUAACAAGAUCCUUGAUUUGACAGGCGGAAAGAGAGUGGACAUACCUUCCUUGUCCAUGCUUGUUGAGGCAGUGGAGAGAGAAAGAGUGGCAUUGUCAGAAGAAGGAAGUGAGGAGUUGGAGAGGGAGAGUGCCAUCUCUCACGGACAGCCGGUAGAACAAAGGAAAGAAGAAAGCAUUAGUGGAAGCGUGGACAUUCUGCAGUCGCUGCCGCUGUUGUCUCGGGCUGAACCGACGAGCCACGGUGAAAGUCAGCGUCAGGCUCCUGAAGGACAUGAAAAUGCAAGCAUCAUCGAUCCCAAUGCAGUGGCCGAAGCUGCGUCUAAGGACUUGGACGAGACAGGGACCCCACAUGAAGAGGAUAUAACAUCAGAGAUGAGACUUGGAAAAAGAGAAAGGGAGCACUUGGAAGCAGAAGUGGGCAGGCUGCUUGGAAGAGUUGCUGCAAGUGGCGAAGGAGGGUACAAGAUCUGGGGUCUGAAGGCCCGAUAUCACAAAUUGCUGUCAGAGGCAGAUGCACAGUUAGAAUGUCUGCUGAAACAGACUCGAGCGCUGCAGAGUUCGAACUGGCAAAGUGAUGAAGGCAAGUUUGCGGCCUAUGCUAAAGCUUCACUGGAGCUAUGCCAAGCGUAUAUGACAUCUUCCAGACAGAGAGCAUCUGUCCCCGAGCAGCCUCAGCCAUCAAAAGACGGCAAACGAGAGCUGCUGGCCGCAAGAAUGCAGCUUCGCAACACUCUAAAGCAGGGGGAAUGCUUUUCCAGCACGCAAGAGUAUAAGUCGCUACAGUCGUGUCUUACAGAGGUGCAAGCACUGGUGGAAAGACUGUAGUAAAAAGUGAAAACAAGCAGUAGUGGGAUUUUCAAGGUAUGGAUCGUUUAUUGUUGAUUGGAUGAAUUUGGGCCUACUAUUGACCAUAGUUCAUAUUACCUCUACUUUUUGGUAGUUUUGUUCGGAGUCAUCGUCGUUGCGUGCAAGAGAGUAGGGUAGACCCCCAUCGCUCAAAGUAGUUUUGCGUGCACCAUGCUCAGGUUUUGGUUUACCUGGCGCAGUUUUCGGUGCACCUGGUUCAGUUUUUAGUACGUUUCAGUGCAUCUGGCUCAGUUAUCGGUGGUCACUCGGUUCAGUUUUCAAUGCAGCAGCUGCAGCUGCAGCUUAUGAGGUGUGUGUAUUUGUUAGCAAGGAGUAGCCGGCUUGGUUCUCCUUCGAUGACCUUCUCGGUGACAAAAGGCAUAAAUAGUGUUGUGGAUGGAGGUUUAGCUUUAGAGGGCGUUGUCUGUGUCUGUGGGAUGUGCACCUGGGGCCUUUCAAGGGAGGGGCUGUGAAGGUGAGGGUGGUGAGGGUAUAAAGGAAUUUUUCCUGCUCUGGAACUUGUAGGAAGGGUCCAUCCAUGGGCAGUGUACACCCUUUUCCAUUGCUCGCAUCCGUGAUUGACGACGCCUAAUCUCCUCCAUCAAAUGCUCACAGGUCAACCGUACUUACUGCCAUCCAGAAUCUUGUCCAUAGGUAUGAUCCAUUUCUGCACCAUUACUUAGCCGUAGCAUGCAGUUUUUCAUGU